CGAAACUCGGCUGUCGUCGCGACUCUUCGUCCGAUAUUUAGACGUGAAAAUCGAUUCAGUCAUCGUACAGGCAUGACGAUGGACAACCGUCCACCCACGUCUGCUGCCCUCCGUCCAGUGUCGGGGCUGCGGAGUUCUACGGCGUCCACUCAACGGAGUGGCAUUUCCGGGACUGCAAGCCGCUUGAUGACCGCUGCCAGCACGCGGCCUGGUACUCGCAGUGGGAACGCUGCCCAAGGAAUCAGUGCCUUGUCCCCUAUUGCGGUUGCCGAACGGCCGAUAACGCAGCAUGGACUCGUAGCCCCCAAGACCGCCAUGAGUGCGUCGAGGGCUUCGCAAAGACACAUCCAGGACAAGUCGUAUUUUGUGGCUCUGCUCCGAAACAAAAUGACUGAGUUGACGAACGAAAUUGCGAGACUGCAGAGAGAAACAGAAUCGCAAAUGCAAGAGCAGACGACGUACGUUGCCUACGAGAAGAAAGCUGAAACCCUUGCGGCGGAGCUGAAACAACUGCAGGGUGAAAUGGCAGAUUACAACUUGCUGAUGGACAAGCUGAAUACGGAUGCUGAAAUGGAUGAAGUGAGGGAAGAGUAUCGAGAGCUACAGAUGCAGAACGAUCAUGAAGCCAGGAGCAUCGAACUGCUCUUUGAGCAAAGACAAGAAAAAGAGAGUCAGCUGAAACAUCUAGAGGAGGAAAUUGAACAGGAAAGACACAUGGCAGACAGCCUGGUCUCGGCAAUGAAGCCUGAACUGCGGAGCAGGUACGCGGACUUGAAAAAUACCAAUCAAGCUUUGUUAGGUGAGCUAGAAAAGCUUCAGCACCAGCUGAGCAGUUUGCACCUGCAAAAGCAGAACCUCGACGAGGACAUCGCAUUGUCUCAGGUGAAACAAGAAGCUGUGAGUCUCUACGAACGCCUGAGGGAGCUCGAAGAGAAAAAGGCUGUGCUACAAGAGGAAGAAAGGUCCAGAGGAUCUCCAGCUGAAGAACGUGAACGUUUAUUGAAACAGGUCAAAGAAGACAACGCGGAGCUCGCCAGUAUCGAACACCAGGCAGCUGAGAUUCAGGAACACAUUGCUGCUGCCCAGGAAGAACUUUCCCACGUGGACCAAGAACUAGAGGAGCAGCACGGGGAGCGGCGAGCAAAGUACAGGGAACUCCGGAAGCGAGAAGAGACCAUGGACGCCUUUCUCGGAUCGUUCGAUGAAACGAAAGAAUCCGAGCAGAAGCGGCAACGCCAACUGCAAUCGGCCAUUGUGGAACAUCUGGAAAAUAUUUCCAGGAAUCUAGGCCAUUUUACGCAUCUUCCGUCCCAACAGGAAUUGUCCAUUUUGAAAGACGACCUUGCUUUCAAAGAAAAUGAAAUUGAAAGGUCCAAGUCCACGUUAGAUGCCCUUGGACAAGAACAGAAAAAGCUAGCGGUCGACUUGAGAAAGAUCGAACAACUAGAAAAUAAAGUGCAACAAGAGCUGGAGACCCUGAGGACGAAAAUUAGUACCAUGUCAGAAGAGAUGGUAACGUUUAGCGACCUGGACAAGCUGAAGGCCUCGAUUGAACGGAAGAAACAACAGCUCAUGGUAGAGAAAGAAUCCCUCCGGAGGAGGACCGACGCAACUAAGACGGUUGUAGAAGAGGAGCAGUCGACACUGGAUGAACUACAGCGAAAGCUCAGUGACAACGAACUGCUCACCAAGCUGACCAACCUGGAACGCCGCCUCCAGCACCAGGAGCAGAACAAUUUUACGGUUCGAGAAUUUAUAGUUUCCAAAAUGGCCGAGCAUAACUACAAGCCGAUACAACUCAAGGUCCAAGCGCAAGUAGACGCCUACAACAAGAUCCUACAAGACAAUUUAGCGAAAGGAACGACGUACUAUGGAUGAAUGCAGAGAGACGUCUGGUACGCCUAUAUUGGCACCUGGACCUACUUAAGUCCAUGACCGUCCACUAUUAGAGUAUA